UCAGUUUGUGCGUUCAAUAAGAAAACUAACCUAUGUGUCAUUGAGUCAUAACAAAAUCCGAUCUCUUGUUCCACUAGCACAAUGUAAUUCAGUGAGUCAAGCAGGAGCUUUUCUCUCUUAUUCGUCUUCUAGCUACUGGAUGCAGAUGUCAGCGAUAACCUGAUUACAGACCAUGCAUUGGGAUUAGAAGGCUACCCAGUUAUCCAACGACUAAACUUAGCAAACAAUCAAAUUUCUCAAAUGGACGAUUUAGACCCUAUUCGGUAACCACAACGUCAUGAAUGAGAUUAUAUGAAACUCAGGACUUUAGCGUCACUGAAUAUCAGCAAUAAUCGGUUGCAGAAACUACCAAACUUUCACACGUGUUUUCCAAAUCUGGAGACCCUGGAAAUGGCCGGAAACCCUCUGUUUAUCAACGAUGAGUUGUUGGAUGACUUGGCUCAGUGUGAAAUGCUUCGUGAGUUGACAUUGGACGACAACACUGAAUCCACUGAUUUCAGCGAGCUGCAAGGGAAAGUGUCAGAACGGGUGCCACAGUUGUUCCGAAUGAACAAUACAGACCUCAAAAAACGGUCGUCCAGAAAUACCGAUGGAAUGAAACAAUGUUAUGAGCACAAAAAGCAAGUGUAUGACCUCAUUGAGAGGCAACUCGCUGCCUUGACAAGCAUGACUGCCCCGCUCCAGGCAUCGUUGGAUAAAAGCUUCGAUGCUGUCAGUCAACUUUUUGCUAAAGUUGAUGAAGAAAUGGAGAAGCGAACCAGUCGCGCCUUGACCGAGUCAGUCAACAUGGCCAGAUCCAGUGUAAGGCUAACUGGAGUAGCGCCUCAACAGAAUUCCGAAUUUCAAAAUCAACCAUCGCGUCCAAUCACCAGUGACAGAUGGUGGUCAAAUAGUACAUCCACAACAGAUUAUAUUAAGGCAGUUGAGCUGACGUUCGCGCAGAUCCCUAGGUCCAUUGAAUGGGCGCUUCCCGUCCCGUACGAAUAUUUUGACUUAAGCUUUUACAGGAUACCGUGA